CCCGCCCCACCUUCCAAGCCCACACCGUCCCUCCCCUUCCUUCCCUCCUCGACUCCACCCGGCAGCUCAGCUAGGAAGCCUUGCCCUUGCCUAUCUGGCCGCCUCGCCACGCUAGGCCGGGCACCAUGAGCGGCGCCGCCCAGCAGCAAGCGGAGCCCGCCGCCGCGGCUUCCCUCGCCGGCGCCACUGCCGCCGGGAGCACUCCGCCAGCGGCGGUGAUCCGCAACGCGCGCCACCGACCCAGCACCCUCAAGCUGUGCUACCACCUCGCGGUCUCCAACUCCCUCUACCUCCUCCUGGCGCCCUUCGCCGCCGCCCUGGCCCACCGCCUCUCCCGCCACCCGCUCCCCGCCCUCGCCGCCGCCGCCCGCUCCGCGCUCGCCGCGAACCCGCCCCUCGCCGCCGCGCUCCUCGCCCUCGCCGCCGUCCUCGCCACAGUCUACCUCGCGCGCCGCCCGCGCGCCGUCUACCUGCUCGACUUCGCGUGCUACAAGCCGGGGCCCGAGCACGUGGUCACCCGCGAGAGGUUCAUGCGGCAGUCGGCGGCGGCGGGGGUGUUCACCGACGAGAACCUGGCGUUCCAGCGCAAGAUCCUGGAGCGGUCGGGGCUGGGGCAGGAGACCUUCUUCCCCCGCGCCGUGCUCGCCGCGCCGCCCAACCCCUGCAUGGCGGAGGCCCGCGCCGAGGCGGAGGCCGUCAUGUUCGGCGCCAUCGACCAGGUGCUCGCCAAGACCGGCGUCCGGCCGCGCGACAUCGGGGUCGUCGUCGUCAACUGCAGCCUCUUCAACCCGACGCCGUCGCUCUCCGCCAUGAUCGUCAACCACUACAAGCUCCGCGGGAACGUCGCCAGCUACAACCUCGGCGGCAUGGGAUGCAGCGCCGGCCUCAUCUCCAUCGACCUCGCCAAGCAGCUGCUCCAGGUGCACCGGAACACGUACGCGCUGGUGGUGAGCAUGGAGAACAUCACGCUCAACUGGUACUGGGGCAACAACCGGUCGAUGCUCAUGUCCAAUUGCCUCUUCCGGAUGGGCGGCGCGGCGGUGCUGCUGACGAACCGCGGCGGCGCGGCGCGGCGGCGCGCCAAGUACCAGCUGGUGCACACGGUGCGGACGCACCAGGGCGCCGACGACCGCGCCUACCGCUGCGUGUUCCAGGAGGAGGACGCGGCCGGGCGCGUCGGCGUGGCGCUCUCCAAGGACCUGAUGGCCGUCGCCGGCGAGGCGCUCAAGACCAACAUCACCACGCUGGGCCCGCUCGUGCUCCCCAUGUCGGAGCAGAUCCUCUUCCUGGCGUCCCUCGUCGGCCGCCGCGUGUUCGGCCUCCGCGCGCUCCGCCCCUACCUCCCGGACUUCAAGAUGGCGUUCGAGCACUUCUGCAUCCACGCCGGCGGCCGCGCCGUGCUCGACACCAUCGAGCGCAACCUGGGGCUCAGCGCCUGGCACAUGGAGCCGUCGCGGAUGACGCUGUACCGGUGGGGAAACACCUCCAGCAGCUCUCUGUGGUACGAGCUCGCGUACACGGAGGCGCAGGGCCGGGUGCGCCGCGGCCACCGCGCGUGGCAGAUCGCCUUCGGGUCCGGGUUCAAGUGCAACAGCGCCGUGUGGCGGGCGCUGCGGGACGUCGACCCGGCGGAGGAGAAGGUGGGGAACCCAUGGGUGGACGAGAUCCACAGGUUCCCCGUCGAGGUGCCCAAGGUCGAGAGCGUCAUCGUCACCGACGGGGCGGCGCCGGAGCCGGAGCCGGCAGCGUCGUCGUGAGGCGGCGCUUGUGUUUGUCCUGUUUGUUUGGAGAAUGGUGAAGUGUGUUGUGUCCGAGUCGAAGUGUGGGUGGCUGGGGGUAGAGUGAAGGUGUUGAACUGUGUAAACAUACAAUAAAUUUGGUUGUUGAUUGAUUGAGAUGUAGCUGAUGACCUAAUGUUGAUUCUUUGGGCCGGGUUCAUUUGGCAUUGGGAAAUAAAGACGGACGGGCUGCAAAAUUGUACGAA